ACCUUUUGGCUCCAAGCUGCAGAGCCCCUGUCCCAAAAAGCUCGUCCUCCCGGACCAACGCCAAGCCAAAGCCAAUCCCGCAUCUCCUACAUCUCGCCAAGAAGUACUCGUAAAGAGCGAGAGGGCAGAGGUAGAGGGGGAGAGAGAGGCAUAAGAAUCUUUCUUUCUCUCUCUGCCCAUCAACCUGUUUUGCCUGCGAUUCUUGUUGCAUUGGUUUGGUUUUAUUUGGUUUUGUGGAAAAGGAGGCUGCUUUUUCGUUGAUCUAGAUGAUGGCGAGCACGACGUCAGCUACAGCCGCCGCAGCAUUCGGGGCCGCCGCGGCCGCCAAGCCGAGAGGGUCGGCCGCGGCGGCCCUCUGCCCGAGGGUGGCCGCCGGCGGCAGGCAGCGGCCCGGCGUGGUGCGGUGCGACGCGGGCGUGAAGGCACAGGCGCAGGCGCAGGCGGUUGCCAAGGCGGCCAGCAUCGCCGCGCUGGAGCAGUUCAAGAUCUCCGCCGACCGGUACAUGAAGGAAAGGAGUAGCAUAGCUGUGAUAGGCCUCAGUGUGCACACAGCACCGGUGGAGAUGCGUGAAAAAAUCGCUGUUGCAGAGGAAUUAUGGCCCCGUGCUAUUUCAGAACUCACCAGUCUGAAUCAUAUUGAAGAAGCUGCUGUUCUUAGUACCUGUAAUAGAAUGGAAAUUUAUAUGGUGGCUCUAUCAUGGAACCGUGGUAUCAGAGAAGUAGUAGACUGGAUGUCGAAGAAAAGUGGUAUACCUGCUUCUGAGCUUAGGGAGCACCUGUUCAUGUUGCGUGACAGUGAUGCUACACGCCAUCUGUUUGAGGUAUCAGCUGGGCUUGAUUCUUUGGUUCUCGGUGAAGGACAAAUCCUUGCUCAAGUUAAACAAGUUGUGAGAAGUGGACAAAACAGUGGAGGCUUGGGAAAGAACAUUGAUAGGAUGUUCAAGGAUGCAAUCACAGCUGGAAAGCGUGUCCGCUGUGAAACUAAUAUAUCAUCUGGUGCUGUUUCUGUAAGUUCAGCUGCAGUUGAAUUGGCCCUGAUGAAGCUUCCAAAAUCUGAAGGCCUGUCAGCUAGGAUGCUGUUGAUUGGUGCUGGCAAAAUGGGCAAAUUAGUGAUCAAACAUCUGAUUGCCAAAGGAUGCAAGAAGGUGGUUGUGGUGAACCGCUCAGUGGAAAGGGUGGAUGCCAUUCGCGAGGAGAUGAAUGAUAUCGAGAUUGUGUACAGACCUCUCUCAGAGAUGUAUGAAGCUGCUGCUGAAGCUGAUGUCGUGUUCACAAGCACCGCAUCUGAAACCCCAUUGUUCACGAAAGAGCACGCUGAGACACUUCCCCGUAUUUCUGAUGCCAUGGGUGGUGUCCGGCUUUUUGUGGACAUAUCUGUCCCAAGGAACGUCAGCGCAUGUGUGUCUGAAGUUGAUCAGGCACGUGUAUACAACGUUGAUGACUUGAAAGAGGUGGUGGAAGCCAACAAGGAAGACCGGCUCAGGAAAGCAAUGGAGGCACAGACAAUCAUCACACAAGAACUGAAACGGUUUGAGGCAUGGAGGGACUCACUGGAGACUGUUCCGACCAUCAAGAAGUUGAGGUCAUACGCCGACAGGAUCAGGGCCUCAGAGCUCGAGAAGUGCCUGCAGAAGAUCGGCGAAGAUGCUCUCACCAAGAAGAUGAGAAGAUCCAUCGAGGAGCUCAGCACCGGCAUCGUGAACAAGCUUCUCCACGGCCCACUGCAGCACCUAAGGUGCGACGGCAGCGACAGCCGCACCCUGGACGAGACGCUCGAGAACAUGCACGCCCUCAACAGAAUGUUUAGCCUCGACACCGAGAAGGCGAUCAUCGAGCAGAAGAUCAAGGCAAAGGUGGAGAAGACCCAAAACUGAGCCCAGGAAGCAAUUUUCUACCCCGUGUAUCUAUACAUACUCCCCCAAUCUGUCCCCCAACAUUCUGAUUCCAAUUUUUUUGAUCCUUCACUUACUGAGCUCCCCUGCUCGCUGAGAUCGUCAACUGUGUCGUGAUCUAGCGCCAUGGCAGCAACUAAAUCUGUUGAGAGAUAAUUGCAAAUUGUCUCUACUCCGGCUGCCUUUGUACAUUAUUACUCAAGCUGCUGUGGCAAGAGCCCCAUUCUUAAGUUAUAUACGCUAUUGGACGAAAUAAACAGGAGCUGAUCAAUGUGUCAGUUGAUGCCCUUCGAUGCAUUAUUAUACUUGUAAUCUUGUA